AUGUACUUUUUCAAUUCUGUCGACCGAAGCAACCUCGGAAAUGCAAAGACUGAUGGCAUCGAUGUUGACUUGCAUUUUAAGGGCAAUCAGUAUUCAUUGCUGCUUUUACUCUUCUAUAUUCCUAACGGCUUAUGCGAUCUGCCAUUGAACAUGCUUACGAAGCGCUUCUCCGGUCGCAUCAUGUUGCCCACUUUGAUGCUCGGCUGGGGGACAAUGGCACUCAUCCAAUCCGCUGCCAAGAACUUUGGUGGGCUAUUAGCUCUCAGACUGAUACUUGCAGUGUUCGAAGCUGGGUUCUUUGCUGGAGCCGUAUUUUAUCUUUCGCUGUUUUAUGCGCGUGGCGAGCUCGGUUUCCGCAUUGCCAUUUUCUUUGGUUCCGCGCUUCUCGCUUCGGCCUUUUCUGGAUUGAUCUCUUACGGUGUCUUCCAGGUCAAAAGCAGUCAUGUGCAAGGAUGGCAGCUGUUGUUCAUCAUCGAAGGCAGCCUGACAUGUAUAUCAGAAAAGCUUGCGGCGAACUUACGUAUGCUCCGUGAUGGUUCGUCUGAGGUUGGCACAAAAUUGAACCUCCGAGACUGCUUUCAAACAUGGAAAAAUUGGAAGUUUGUUCUAUGGUGCAUCAUAUCCUUCACCUAUUCCGUUGCCUUCACAACCACUGCCACUUUCUUACCACAAAUCGUUGCACGUCUGGGAUUUUCAGCUGUCAAGACAAAUCUAUGGACUGUCGCACCUAACAGUGUUGGUUUUGUCGUCUUGUUGUGUAUCACCAAGUCUUCGGACUACUUCCGCGAGCGCAGUCUGCAUAUCGUCCUCGCGUUGUGUAUAUCACUAACUGGCUUGAUCAUCCUGACUGCUAUCGACGUCGUUGACAACAAGGCUGUUGCGUACUUUGCAUGCUUCCUACUCUGUUCGGGCGCUUAUAUUCCUUCAUGCCUUGUGCACUCAUGGCACAACAACAACAAUGUCAAUGAGAGUUCUCGCGCUGCUACGACUGGUCUUCUCGUCGGGCUAGGCAAUCUCUCUGGUAUUUUGAGCACUGCCACAUUCCGCACAGAAUACGCUCCAGCUUACAGACCGACGCUGAUUGUCACUGCGGCUUGUAACGUCACUUGCAUUGCAUGCACUUUAUGGCUUGGUUUAUGGAUGAAAAUGGAGAAUCGGCGAAGAGACAAGGAUCAGGGGCUGCAAGGUGGUACGAGAGCAGUUGACACGAGCGAGAACCUGCACGGAGAGAAUGAUCCCAACUGGAGGUUCUUUUCUUAA